AAAAAAAAAAAAAACAGUUUAGAGGUGAGAAUGGAGACUAAGCUCUUGGUGUUGCUGUACCUCAUCUUCCAUGGAUUACGAAUCGUCGACGGCGUUCGCCCGACCGGCCCCGGAAAUUUCAACGUGAUGAGCUUCGGAGCGCGCGGGGACGGGCUUCGUGAUGAUAGCAAGGCAUUUCAAGAAACAUGGAAAGCAGCAUGCAAUUCUACAGGGAGUGUGAAGCUUGUGAUUCCAAAAGGGACGUACUUUCUCAGCCCUGUUAAGUUCAGGGGCCCAUGUGCAAAUGUGCAAUCCAUCACAGUCCAAUUGCAGGGAACGCUAAAGGCAACGACUGAUCUGAGUAAAUACAGGUCCGGGGGCUAUUGGGUCGAAUUCGGGUUCGUCGAUCACUUGACCGUAACCGGUGGGGGGACCCUUGAUGGCCAGGGUUCUCUCGCUUGGCCCCACAACAAAUGCCCUGUGAAAAAGGACUGCAAACUCCUACCUACUUCUUUGGCGUUCCUAGCGACAAACCACAGCAAAAUGAAGGACAUAACAUCGGUGAACAGCAAGUUCUUCCACAUUGCGCUGCUGAGCAACGCGAACUUCAAGGCGAGCGGCAUCAAGAUCGUCGCACCCGCGGAGAGCCCCAACACCGACGGCAUCCACCUCGAGCGCAACACGGCGGUCACCAUCUCCAACUCCAAGAUCGGGACGGGCGACGACUGCAUCUCCGUCGGCCAGGGCAACCACGACAUCACAAUCGCGGGAAUCAAGUGCGGGCCCGGACAUGGCAUCAGUGUCGGGAGCCUAGGGAAGUACGAGGACGAAGAAGACGUGACGGGACUCGUCGUAAAAGAUUGUACCCUCACCGGGACGGACAAUGGCGUCCGGAUAAAGACGUGGGAGAACUCUCCGAAGAGUACCAAGGCUUCGAACUUGACAUUCGAGAACAUCGAAAUGGAUAACGUACGCAACCCGAUCAUCAUCGACCAGACGUACUGCCCCUUCGCCAAAUGCCAGUCCGCGGCGCCUUCGCGAGUGAAAAUCAGUGACAUUACGUUCAAGAACAUACGGGGGACGUCGACAUCGCCGGUCGCGGUGACACUGAAGUGCAGCAAGGGAAUACCGUGCGAGAACGUGAGCCUCCAGGACGUCCGUCUCGAGCACAACGGCCCGAACGGCACGACCGCGACAUGCGUCAACGUGAAAGCGGAGUACAGCGGGAUGCAGAACCCGCCGCCGUGCAAGGGUCCGGAUUCGGAGAACUAAGUUAAACACCCCUGCAGCAUGAGCAGCCCCUUAGCCUCCUCAAUAGUCACUUGUUAUAUUAUGCAUCAGAUAUGUUUCUGCACCCAUUUUGAAAUGAGGUGAUUCUUUUUAUUUUUUUCCUUUUUUUGUUAUAUAUAUUUAUGAGCACCAAACUUCAGGUUGUACCUGAGUGUUGUAACUGCAUUUCGGUCGUAGCAGCGGCUCUUGUUCUGCGUCGCUCUUCGUGAUCGAAUUGUAAAACUCGUUGAAAUAUAUACGUGUAAACCGAGAUUUUCAAA